GAGCUUGGCCAGGCUCUGGCGGAGGGUUGUUAUUGUGGCGGCCCGGCCCCUAUCCAGGCUCGGCUCGGAGCUUAAAGAUGGCGGCGGGAGCGGCAGUGGGAGGCGGCGGCGGCGGGGGCUCCUCCUGGGCCUCGGUGCCGCGGGGCCGCUUCCCGGGCAGGCCAGGCGGGUGCCGCGGGCGGGGCGCCGGGGCCGGGAGUCGCGCGCGGGUCUCGCUGCUGGCGCCUCGGCUGCUGCUCUGGGCGGCGGCGGGGGAGGGCGAGCGGGCCGCGGCGGUGGCGGCGGCGGUGGCGGGAGACACCACCCUGGGCAGCCUGCUGGGCCUCAGCCGCGGGUGGAGGCGCCUCCAACGCCUCGUGGAGAGCAGCAGCAGCAGCAGCAGCAGCGAGGACGAGCCGGAAGAGUUCCUGGGCUUUCGUUUGGAGAAUGAAGUCACUCAGAGCUCACGACGGGCUGCAUUGCGAUCUAAAAGAGGUGCAGCUCUGCCAGUGCGUAGCAGAAAAAAGAGAGCAGCUCCCGAAGACACCCCUUCAAAAAGAUUUGUCAAACAAAAGGCUGUGGAAUCCCAGCGGGAGCGAAUGGUAAAAGCCUUGGCAGAGCUGCUCCAGAAGAGCAAGGGAUCUCCAGCAAGGAUAGGUCGGACACAAAUUUCUGGCUCUAAAGUUGGCAGGAUGCUUCCUAAACAGACUAAACAAAGCCCAGAGCCUGACGAUUCCAUAAAAUCCACAAUUUCUCCUACCCUUCCAUCACAAGUAGAGAAGACCAUCAACUCCAUUGUAUCAUCUAGACCACGAGGCCGACCACCCGGCACCUCCAGAAAAAGACUUGUUACAGAAGCUGACUCUCCUUGUGAAAGCACUAAAGCACCAUCUCCCAUUCCAGAACCCAGCAAAAGCCCUCAAUCAUCUUCACCAUGCCAAGUAGACAGCCCAUCCUCUCAGCCCCCUGAAGAUUUAAAGAAACCACCUCUCAUCCUGAAGUUCUUCUCAAAGGCUAGGCGGCAUAAAUCUGGCCAAUUGGUGGUGACCCAUGUCCGCCUAAAGACACCUGGCCAUAGGAGGGGGCGCAAGAGGAAGUGGAGUGUUGUACCCAGGAAGAAAAUGUCACCCCUUCCCUCUCAAUCUGUUUCAGAAUCUGAAAGCCCAUUGUCAGAGUCAGAGGCCUCUGCCCCAGAACCAGAACAAAAAGAGGAGUCUUUAACACCAGAGUCCCAGCCUCAAGAAGUUCUUGCUCCAGAUCCAGAGCCACAGCCUGAACAUGUUGUCCCAAAACCAGAGCCACAGCCAGAAGUAAUAACCCAAGAACCAGAACAGCCACCAGAGGUUUCCUUGGAGCCAGCACCCUUUGAGGUAGAACAGAAGACUCCAGCGCAAGGAGCAGAUACUCCUGCUUUGCUCAAUGAGGUGUCCUGGAAAGAAGAGACACAGGAGCCCUCUCCAGAGCAUGAUGAAUCUGGAGGCCUUUCUGAGGAGGGGUCUUCAAGUAUUGCCCAUUCCACCCGGGCACAGUGCUUGAAACGGGGCCGUGGCCGGCCGCCCCUCACUCCAACCCAGCGAGCCCAACGUAUGGCUAUUCAGCAGGUGCCAGCAAAGCCUAAAGAGGAAGGGUUGGGAGCUGUGCAGCCAUCUGGAAAUGCUUGCCAGGAGGAGGCAUUGUCCCACAAGACCAACUUUCUCAAGAAUAUUCGCCAAUUCAUAAUGCCUGUGGUGAGUGCCCGUUCAUCACGCCUUAUUCGGACCCCACGUCGCUUUAUGGACGAGAUCCCCCAGAAAACACCCAAGCCUACAGAAAGUCCUGUGACAGAUGGGAUUUCUCUAGACAAGCAGGAGAGUUCUCCUUUGCCUUCACAAGGGGUUUCCCUUAGGGUCGCUCAUCCCAACCCUGUCUCCCCUGAUGAAGAAAUCAGUAGGGUCCUUUCUUCCCCUCCUUCCCCAAGCGUGCCCCAAAUCACUUCUCCUGCUGCUCCUGCCCUGCCUGAGAAGCGUCGUUCCAUCCUUCGGGAGCCCACAUUCCGAUGGACCUCACUGAGCCCCACUUCAUCCCCCAAGGAUGUGGGCAAGACACUCUUUCAACUUCCUUGCGAAGAUUCAUCUCCUUUGCCCAGUACUCCAGCGCCAUUACCCUCUCCCCCGGCCAAGCGAACCCCUCUGCUGCGGGCACCACAGUUUACUCCUAGUGAGGCACAUCUCAAAAUCUAUGAAUCAUUGACAGUGUCUCCUGAGGAUUCUGAAUCGGUGCCUACUUCUCCUGAAGUCAGGAGGGACCCCCCAGCACAACAACAUGACUCUCCCACACUUCCUUAUGAGCCUGUGGUGACACGUAGUGGCAAGAAACUGUUGGGCAGAGUGAACCAUCUUGCCUUGCCCCUGUUCACUGAGGUUUCUAGUCCAUUAAAGCCUCAAGGCAAAGAGCUUAUCACUAUGGAGGAUGUUAAUUCUCCUGGCGUUGUCCACAAGGUGGCCAUCCGAAGGGUUUUGCCUCCAUCCAUUCAGGUAGAGCAAGAGCGGACUUCAGAUAAGUCAGAGAAUGAGGUGGAACCAGCCAGCCUGAUCCCUAAGGAGCAGAAAUCAUCUGAUGCGCCCAAGCCCAUUAUAACACAGCUGUCAAGCAUGGAUAAAGUUUACAGUCUUCUCACUCGUGCCAAGGUGCAGCUCUACAAGAUUGACCAGCAGAAGCAGUUCAAAUUCAUACCGGGAUGCCAAAGUGUCAGGGCUGGUGCCUUUGAGGUACCAAAGGUCCCAGCUGAGAAACCUGUGACUUCUGAACUCAAAGCAGAAGAAGAAGACAGGAAAGAUGUCAGAAAACAGGGCCAGGAAUCCCCAGUGCAAGGUCCUCGGAUUAAGCAUGUGUGUCGCCAUGCCUCGGUGGCCCUAGGACAGUCUCGGGCCAUGGUGCCAGAGGAUGUGCCACGCCUCAGUGCCCUGCCACUGCGGGAGAGGGAGGAGAUUACUGUAUCACCCACAGUGGAGGAAACCUCCUCAGCCUCUGAGAGCGAGAGUGGCCUCCAGAAGCAAGUGAAGGUAGAGACCAGCAUCAAAACUGUGCCACCCCCAGUGCGUCGCCACGUGUCCCACCACCAUGGCAAGAAGAACCGAAUGACACGCUGUGGGAGGUGCAAGGGCUGCCUGAAGCUGCAGGAUUGUGGGGAGUGCAACAACUGCCUAGACAAGCCAAAGUUUGGCGGACCUAACACCAAGAAGCAGUGCUGUGUGUAUCGGAAGUGCGACAAGAUUGAAGCACGUCGGGUGGAGCGGCUGUCUAAGAAAGGCCGUACAGUAGUGAAGGCCAUCGUUCCCUGGGAUUCGGAGGAUUCUCAAGAGGCCUUCCCAGCCCCCUUGGAGGUCACACUGGGGGCCACGGAGACGGCCGAGCAAGACUCCUUGCUGCAGCGUAAGUCAGCCCGACGCUGUGUCAAGCAGAGGCCCUCGUAUGACAUAUUUGAAACCUCCGACUCUGACACAGAGGCAGUGUCUGGCUCAGCGACACAUCGCAGGAAAUCCUCACGGGACUCAGAUUUACUUCCCAUGGAUUCUGAGGAGCAAAGUCGACCCCGAAGAACACCACUGCAGCCUGUGGUGCAGCUAAAAGCCAGGAAGAAGCCUGAGAAGGAUUUCACCAAUUCUGGCUCGUUCUCAUCCUUUUCCAAUGGCUGGAAUGGGAAACAGAAAUCCACAGAUGGCAUCCACCGGCUCAGGGUUGAUUUCAAGGAAGACUGUGACCUGGAGAACGUCUGGCUCAUGGGUGGCCUCAGCAUCCUUGCCUCAGUGCCAGUGACCACACAGCUUGUGUGCCUGCUCUGUGCUAGCAAGGGCCUCCAUCAGCUUGUGUUCUGCCAAGUAUGUUGUGACCCCUUUCAUGUCUUCUGCCUGGAGGAGGAUGAGCAGCCACUACCUGAGCAGGAGGAGAGCUGGUGUUGCAGACGUUGCAAAUUCUGCCAUGUCUGUGGCCGCAAAAACAAGGCAUCCAAGCAACUACUGGAAUGUGAGCGUUGCCGGAACUGCUAUCACUUGGCUUGUCUGGGACCCAACUACCCCACUAAACCCUUCCGUAAGAGGAAAGGCUGGGUUUGUUCAGCCUGCAUCCGGUGCAAGAGUUGUGGGACAGCUCCAGGGAAGAACUGGGACACUGAGUGGUCGAAUGACUACAGUUUGUGCUCUGCCUGCUCUGUGCUGCAUGAUAAAGGAAACUACUGUCCAAUUUGCUUGCACUGCUAUGAAGACAAUGACUAUGAGAGCAAAAUGAUGCAAUGUGCCAAGUGUGACCACUGGGUUCAUGCCAAGUGUGAGGGGCUUUCAGAUGAAGGCUAUGAGAUCUUAUCCAACUUGCCUGAGAGUGUUGUCUAUUCUUGCCGGCCCUGCUGUGGCAGUGACAAGGCAAAGUGGCGCGAGGUCCUUGGCUUGGAGCUGCGAAAGAGCCUUCGACAAGUGCUACAGGGACUGAUGAGCUCUAAGUGUGCAACUCCACUACUCCAGUGUGCGCAGUGUUGUCCGGAUGAUGGUGUGAGGGUUCAUCUGCGGCCCUGUGACCUGUGCACCGUCAACAAGCUUUUUGAAGAGGGUCACUACUCAUCUGUGCACAGCUUCAAUGAGGACAUGGUAGGAGUCCUUUUGGGGCAAACCGAAGAUCAGCAGAACAGCCUUCUUGCAAAGGCACUCUAUGUUGAGCUAAUGGGAAAGUUCUUCAGCUGGUUUGAUGCUCAGGAUGAAAAGCACUGGAUACAUAACACCACCCUUCCCAAUGGCAUGCUUCCUAAUGCUGUCCUGCCUCCUUCUUCUGACCACAUCUAUGCUCAAUGGAGGCAGCCCGAGGAGACCAAGCCAGCUACUAAGAGUCAUUCGACUUUCAGUGGUUCUGAAAAAAUAGCUCCGAAAGAUGCAGACCAUGCCUCACCACAGGAGCCGUUGGCCGACCCGGAGGAUAAGAGACAGUGUGCUCUAUGUCUCCAGUAUGGUGAUGCUCCCUCCAAGGAUGCUGGAAGGCUACUGUACAUUGGCCAAAAUGAAUGGACUCAUGUCAACUGUGCUAUCUGGUCAGCUGAGGUCUUUGAGGAGAAUGAUGGCUCCCUCAAGAAUGUACAUGCUGCUGUGGCCCGAGGUCGACAAAUGCGCUGUGAACACUGUCAACGCAACGGGGCCACAGUUGGCUGUUGCCUUUCUGCAUGUAUCAGCAACUACCACUUCAUGUGUGCGCGUCUUCGCCAGUGCACUUUCCAGGAUGAUAAGAAAGUCUUCUGCCAGAAGCAUGUCGAUCUUCUUGAUGGGACGGAAAUUGUUGCUGACGACGGGUUUGAUGUCCUUCGCCGCGUCUACGUUGACUUUGAGGGCAUCAGCUUUAAGAGGAAAUUCAUGGUGGGCCUAGAACCGGACAUCAUCAACAUGAUGAUAGGUUCGAUGAAGAUAGACAGUUUGGGAAUGCUGACAGACUUGUCGGAAUGUGAGGGACGCCUCUUUCCUGUAGGCUACCAGUGUUCCCGGAUGUACUGGAGUACGAUGGAUGCCCGCAGGCGAUGCUGGUAUAAGUGUCGUGUCUUAGAGUAUCGGCCAAAGCAAAGCCAGGAGGAGCCAGAUGCAUCGGGGGUGCAGGAAGAGAACCACACUAUUGUCCACAGUCCUGCUGUCCCUGCAGAUUCAAGCAUUGAAGAAAAGCACCUUAAGGAUGUGUCCACUUCCAUGCCUCCCCCGGAGCAUCACUCUCCUAUACAGAACCCAGGGUCUCUGCCGCACCCAGAGGCUGCUGUCACCAAGCCUAAAUCUCUUACCGGAGCUCGCAUCAAAGUGCCCAACUACUCCCCUACUCGGAGGCCCAUCAGCGGCGUGUCAUCCCGUCCACUGCCAUCCCCUGGGAGUGCAUCUUCCAUGUCUCAUCAUAUCUUGACUGUGGGCGAUCCAGACUUCCCUCCUCCGCGCCGCACUCAGCGCCUCAGCCCCCUGUCCCCAAGCAGUGCCCACCGUACCCACCGGUCCUCAUUUCCACCUCCAGCCAUGGCUAACAGGACUAGUCCCCCCAGCACCUCUCUCAGGGCAAUGCCUCCCCUCCCAGACAGCCCCACAACUGGGAACGGAUUCAGGCAAAAUUCUACCUCUGAUGGGCAGCCGCCCUCGCUUACCUCACCCCCUCCCUCACCCCCACCUGUGCCACCAGAGCUGGCUUUUGAGCUCAACGUCUCUGACCUGGAAUUUGACGACAGCCUCCUGGAUGAGCCAUUCCAGGAAGAGGAGCUGGGAGUGCCACGGAUGUGCCCCCCCUCUCCUGGGCUGGGCCUGCCCCAGUUGGAUGGGUUAGGUGAUGCCGAGAGUGAGGAGGAAGGAGAGGAGAGCCGCUACUUUCGCUUCCCGCGCACAGUGGUGACACGAGAGUCGCCCCUUCCGCCAUACCCUUUGGACCUCCCCUUGCCUCACAUUAACCAGCUGGAUGGGAUAGACGAUGGUACCGACAGUGAAGCGGAUUCAGGUGGGGGGCACCCAUCUGCCAAGGGCAAGCAGGCUGAGCCAAGGGUGGAGCGAGAGCUGGCUGGACCCGCUCCUGCUCCCGAGGACUUGCCUUCUGACAUUGUGGACUUUGUGCUCAAGAACAUGGAUACUCCCGAGAGCAAAGCCCCACUGCCUUCCUGCCUCAAUCCGAUGCCGAUGCCUCCAGCACCUGCUACCUCCACUAGCUUCAAUGGCACUGAAUCAGUCCACCCCAACCCUGCCCCAGAUUUGACCCCAACCCUAACCCUUAGUUGUGCUCAGGUGCUGGGCACCCCUGAGGUAAGAAUGCUGGGAUCCGAGGGGCAAAAGCCUGGCUCCAAAAUCAUUCUUGUGAAUAAGCUGGGACAGGUGUGUGUCAAAGUGCAGGGUGAAGAAGACAUCCUGAACUCUCAAGAUAGGGAGCAGGCCUCCAGCUGUGACGCAAAACCAAACUCCGCACCAGCACCACUGCCCGCACCCAGCCCUGCUCCCAGCCUUGGCACAGUCAUUUUACGGGCACCUUUGGGCCUGAAUCCAAACCCUUUGCCUACUUGGACUAUUCGAGGCCCAGUGAUCAGCAUGGUCCCCAUGGUGAAUGUGGUGGGCACUACCCCUCAGGCUAUUGGUGGAGGGCAGUUGGCACUGAGCGCCCCAGCUCUGGUUACUCCCUCCCUUGGGCUCCAGCAAACCUGUCUCCUCCAGCCUGUGACUAUGAAUUCCGGUGUGCUGAGCAUUCCUGGUUUGGUGUCUUUGCCGGGCCCUCGCCCGGCCAUCCGGGUCAAGAGGGUCUCCACCUUUGUUGGAAAUGUUCCUGUCAAGAAGGUGAAGAUGGACGGAGUCAACGAAGAGGAGCCAUUGCCCAUGUCACCCUCAGCAACUCCUGAUCACUUGACUAAUAACUGCAUUUCUGGCAGUACUGUAGGCUCCGGCAUCGGGAGGGUGCGGAUGAAGACUCCCACAAUGAAGGGUGUUCUAGACCUGGAUGCACUCAAAGAAGAGGCAGGGGUUGUUAGCGGCAGUGAUCAUUCCCCAGUGGAGCAUUGCCCUUCCCUGGUGCCAUUGAACUCCCAUCCUGGAAGCCCGGAGCAGAACCAGGACCUUCUCUUGGAACCAGCAUGGCAUAGAUAUGCAGGGGAACUAUCCAGUUCUGAUGAGGACAACCUGCACCAGGAGGACAAAGAGAAUGAGAUGCCUCGCAAAACACAGCCCCACCUGUGUUUCGAGAUCACCAAUGAGGAUGGGUUGAAUGUGCAGGCUGCUACCAUCGAUGGUGCCUGGAAAGCUGUGAUUGAGAAGGUUCAGGAGGCCCGCACUAAUGCCCGGCUCAAGCAUUUGUCCUUUGCAGGAAUGAAUGGUGUGCGGAUGCUGGGCAUGCACCAUGAUGCUGUCAUCUUCCUGGUGGAACAGCUGUAUGGUGCCAAGGCUUGCCACAAGUACAAAUUCCGCUAUCACCAGCAUGAAGACGAGGAGGAGGAGCUGCCCCUCAACCCACAUGGCUGUGCCCGGGCUGAAGUUUACUCCAGGAAAUGCACGUUUGAUAUGUUCAAUUUCCUGGCCUCCCAACAUCGUGUUCUUCCUGAGGGAGGCCCCUAUGAUGAAGAGGAAGAUGAAGUGCAGCUCAAAUCCACCAGGCGAGCCACCAGCCUAGAGCUUCCCAUGGCAAUGCGGUUUCGACAUCUGAAGAAGACCUCAAAGGAAGCUGUGGGUGUAUACAGGUCAGCCAUACAUGGUCGAGGUCUCUUCUGCAAACGCAACAUUGAUGCAGGCGAGAUGGUUAUAGAGUACUCAGGCAUUGUUAUCCGCUCAGUACUUACAGACAAGCGUGAAAAAUACUACGACAGCAAGGGCAUUGGAUGCUACAUGUUCCGCAUUGAUGAUUUUGAUGUGGUGGAUGCUACAAUGCAUGGCAACGCUGCCCGCUUCAUCAACCACUCCUGUGAGCCCAACUGUUACUCGCGUGUCAUCCAUGUUGAGGGUCAGAAACACAUUGUGAUCUUUGCCCUGCGGCGGAUCUUCCGGGGAGAGGAACUGACCUAUGACUACAAAUUCCCCAUUGAAGAUGCUGGGAGCAAGCUGCCUUGCAACUGUGGAGCCAAGCGUUGCCGCCGCUUCCUCAAUUAGAAGACUCUUCCCUGUCCUGACUUCUCAGAUGUGUAUCCUGUCCCCACCCAGCCCUGGAAAUAGGAGGCAAACCGAAUGGCAUGGAGGGAGUUUAGCCUCGCCAUUCCUUUCCAAGCAGGUUCCUGCAAGACUGUCUCAUCCCCUGAACGUAGUUGUGGGAUGAGAGUGACUCAUCUCCAAGGAACGACUGGGAUACCCCUUUUCUGUGAGAAGGGGAGGGGCUCUUGGCAGUGGCCUCGCCGUUUUUGAGUUCAUGGCUUGAAAUUAUGAUAAGCAGAGAUAAUGGGGCAAAUGGGGGAUGGGUGAUCCCUUAUUUGUGCCCAUCUGCUUUAAAAUCCUAAUAGUCUCCCUCCCUCUCCUCAUUUGUGGGGCAAGAACGUCCUUUUCUUUAAUUUUGUACUUAAGAUUUUUGUGAUUCCCUUUCCCCCUGCUUUAGGUUCUCUGUUUAAAAAAAAACAUCAAACCCAGGAGGAUGUAAAUAUUUGUACAAAUUUCUAAACCUGUUUAUUUUCUAUGCACUUUUUUAUUUAAGAUGCUCAGUCAACUCAGAUGGUAAAGGGUUGGAUUCUUGUUGGUAUAAUUUUAAAUAAAAUGCAAUUUUGACACGA